AUGAAGAAAAAAUUUGAUUUUAAACUCAAUUUAUAAGGAUUAAAUGAAGAACCUUAAGAAGAAGAAAUUUGUAAUAUAUUUAUUAUUAAUCCUUUAAGCUAGCAAACGAACAAUUUCUUUACAGAAAGACAUAGCCAAGUCUAAGAUAGAGAAUAAUUUAAUUCUCAUAGAAAAAUCUUAUAAAAAUGAGAAUUAUUUAUUAAUAUUUAAAUUAUAAAAUUUAAUUGAGUUUUUAGUUUUAAUAUAAAUAAUUUCAACUUUUGAGUAUAAUUAUUUUAAAGAAUGAAACCCUAUUUAUUCCAAAAAAUAGCUGUGAGUGAGUUUAAUUAGAAGUACAAUAUUGUAGCAAAUGCUUCUCAAUUAAGAUUUGAGGAGGGAUGUUAAAUAAUAAGUACAACUCACUUUUAGGAUAAUUUAAGAUUGCCUUUUACAGGAUGUAAUAAUAUAUAAUCACAUUUAAAAAGAUUCGAGCAGCAUAACUAACAGCCUAGAGAGGUUACUUGUCAAGGAAAUUAUUGAAACAUUACUUUAAAGAGCUACCAUAAUAAUUGAGAGCUGAAUACUUUGGCUCAUUGUUGACAUUGUAUAAAGUAGUUGAAAUCCGAAAAUAUAGGAAUCGCUUCGAUAGCAAUAACAGAAUAUUUUCGAUUUCAGUAGCAUGGGCAGUGGAAUAAAAGUAGAGAAGAAGGUUACUUGGCCAUUCAUUGAGGGUUUUGGAUUUUGCAUUUGGAUUAAAAUGGAGAAUGUCAAUUUAAUGAAUAGAAUUUGGGAGUAUAAAAAAUAAUAAGUAUUCAUGAAUAAGGAUAAUAAGGAGAAGGGGGAAUAGAAUGUUUUAUAUUGA